AUGACAACCAAAUCUAUCUUGCUCUGUGCGAGUUUACUGGGAAUCGCUUUUCUCGUCGUAUCGGCUGAUGACUCUGAAGAAAUCAGAACGCUCACGCAGUUACCGAAAGAAGAGUGCGAUAAUUUUGUGAAGAAUCUCAAUGACAAAAAACGUGAAAUGAUCAAAGAAUUGAAUCUUGCUGAUGGCUAUGAAUUGGCGUGGGAUCCGGAAAUCGUUAAAAAGAUUAGCGAGGAGUUGGCAAUAAGCGAUGUUAUCUUUAACAGCAAAAGUGGAAGCUGGUUUUUAGCAGAUACUUUUGACAAGUUAAUUCAAGUAUCCGCCAAGGAGUUGGCAAGUUGGGAUUAUGUUGAUCCGUCGUCGAUGAACAACAUUGAAAGCCUUUUAUCUCCAAUUCAUAGAAAAAUUGGUUGCGUGGGAUUGACAACAAACAACUAUAGAAUUUAUUGUUUCCUAACACCAGGGUAUCUCAUAAAAGAUCCCGCGGGUGGUAUGCACCAUACUUAUGUCCAAAGUUACAAAGGAGUUCCCGGUACAAAAUGUGCCGAUGGUUACGCAAAUCAUGAUGGAUUGUGUGCACUGAUUGGUUCGUUCACUACGGAGAAACCAUUCACUAAACCUCCUGGAAUUGAUGUGACCGAUGCGACCGAUGUGACCUCUGGAUCGUCUUCUACUUGUUUCCGCAUCGGAUUUUUGCUCUUCGUCGUUUCCUACUACUCGUCGUACUGA